AUGGGGAAUCACGAAGCUACUCAAUUCAGGUCAGAAAUGAUAACACCAAACAUCGGAGAUCAUCUCAAACUAAAAAUUCAUAAUAUAGAGUUGCUUGUGAAGACUUUGCUCAAGGAUUAUUUCCUGACUCUUCCUCAACUUACCCUCAAGUUCUACCUCAACCUAUCCUCAAGAUCGUAUAACUCCAGCGAGAGUUACGGAUCUGGCUCCUAUGUGACGCAGCUAUCUGGACUUCAAAUUCUUAAAAUAGAUGACGUCCAGCUUGAUGAAUCUAGUGCUCGCGGAGAGCAAGUGAUUCUAUGGGACAAAGUUCCAAUUGAUCUUUUCACUAAAGAAAAAUUUUUGAAGGAUCCACUCAAAUAUAUCACAGAAGAAGGAUUCAAAUUGAAGGAUCAGAAAUUCGUGAUCUCAAAGAUUCUCAAGCAUGACAAAGCUCUUGAAAUGAAGACGCUCUCAUUUCACUGCAUUCCUAUGAAUUUUGGGGAUCGCACGAAUGAGCAUCAACCGUGCUAUAUACCCUUAAAUCCUUUCUUUGACGGUUAUCGCAAUUGCUUAUUCAAAGCUGGCAUGAAUCAGAGUGCUGAAGAUCGACGUUACGCACCGAUGAGUUCUAUGAUUCCAGGGGAUGUUAACUUCAAUCCUGCGGAGCAUAUGGAUCUCACGGACUUUGGCUCAUCAGACACUGUAGUAUCUGAAAAUCUCUAUGCUUACCUGAACAAUAGCUUCCGUAAUCUGUCCCAAAAGGACAAAUCUGAGUUGCUCUCAGCAGAGAUGGAGAACAUCAGGAAAAUAAGCAUGGGCUGCAAGUCCUACACUCUAGUUCAAUGGGUUCUCAGUGUUCUGUGUGGUGGACAAGAGUCCAUACUUCUACACUUGCAGGACUAUCGUAAAGAUGUACUCGACGCUACAACUGGAGCCUUCUCCGAAUUUCCAUUACUUGACCCCAACAACAUCAUGAAGUUUGUAUAUCAACUUAAUGAGAAGAUAGGGUCUAUGUCAAAUUAUGACACCUAUGCAUACAGAACCAAGAGAGAGCUCAUGCGAGAGGUCAUUCCGGCCAUGUGGCGUCAUGUGAGUGCCGCACAAUGGCAGAACUCCAGUGAUGAACCAGCAUCUGCCUUACAUGAAAAGAUCUUUAAAAUUACAGAUGCUCUUCGCGUUUUCUAUGGGAACUCCCAUCAUCGCGAUAGUCCCAGUUCACUAAAAGCUCUCGAAGCAGCACAAGUUGGUCUCAGUCAUGCCAUCUAUGACAUAAAAUUAAUGAUAGAUAUGUUUACAUCCUUGUACGCCGCUCACUAUGCGGAACCGCCGGAUAUGAACGAAUGUCUUUCACUAGAUCUCGAUAACACACAACAAUUCAAGCACCGAAGUAGGUUAUCUCAAGCACAGUUCAGUCUCAGCCUGAAAAAUGCUGGCAUGUAUCAGGUGGAAGAAUUGGAGUCUUGUACUUUCUAUCUGAAUGACACUGACAUGGACGAAGUUAACCAGCUCUACGACGCUUGUGACAGAGAUGAAACCAUAUUGAGCUUAUUAGAUGAGACCACGGCAGCCUUCGCUGCCAAUUGUGGAAAUAAAUCUGCUACUCCAGGGUUCAAGCCAAAGGCAACUAGCAACCGUCAAAAAGGUCGCCUUAAACUACGGGAUCGCGGUAAAGGCGGUUUUGGUAGAGGCUCAGGCGGUUUUGGUAGAGGUGGAGGCAAAUUGCACAGCACCUCUUCCUUCAACCAGAUUGAAAGAAAGGUAGUGAACUUGUCCUCUAACGAUGAAAAUGAUCCGAUGCAUAAACGCAAAGAAGCCUACAUCGACAGGAUGAAAACAGCUGUGAAGCAUGCAGUACCAAGAAGCUCACAGCAGGCCAGAACCAGUCAAAGAGAGAGUGAUUUUGGUGCAGCGCAUCAUAACGUGGAUGUCCGCGAUGAGUCGAAUGUCCCAAAGACAUCCAUGGCGCUGCAGAAAUUCAUCUACACUCAGAUCAAAAAUGGUACAUUUAACCAGCUUGAUGAUGAUGUUAAGAAAGAAUUGGAACAGCUACAAAAAGCCACCUUUAAGUCGCUAAAGACAGCAAAUGUUUUGGAAGCGACAGACUUUCAGCCCGACGAUGUUCCCGAGGAGACGAUGGCAGCGGUGUAUCAUCAAACUGGGGGAGAGUUGUUCUCAGAAACAAAAGAGACAAUACUCACCAUGGAAGAGCUAGAGGAAGAAAGCAAUGACUCCUCUUUCCCUGCAAUUAUGUUGACAGACACCGAGAUGUCAAGUUUUCGGGAUUAGAUGCAGACGCUUCAUCUGUCUGUAUCUCUAUCCCAAAUGAUGAAACAAUAAUGUCUGCUUUAAUCGGUUCCUCUGCUUCAGUCAGCUCCGCUGAACCUUCUCAUCGAAAAGUCAGAUUCUCAGGAAGAAAAAUGACCGCAAACGACGUUGCUCGGCUGCUCAGUUCGAGACAGUUUGCUGAAGAUGAGCUACAGCCAAGAUUAGAACUCCUAGACAGUGGAGCAACAAUCUCAGUACAAAGAAAUGAACUGGGUUUACUCAAAGAAACUAUCAAGAAGAUCCCCAGCUUGAGCAUUACCUGUGGCACGUCACAACCUUGGGCCAUGCGAGAGCUCUUCAUACAUCCUUAGCUUUUGCAUUCCAAAGGAUGGACAGUUGAUCUGCCUAGAGAAAAUAGUGGAGAGGAGGGGCCUAACUAGGGAUACUCUC